GCGCGGGCGGCGAUUGGCCGGGCGCGGCGGCGCGCGGUGACGCGCGCGGCGGCGGUGCGGGUCCCGAUUGCUGCAGCCGCUUGUCAGUGUGACGAAGAUUGGCACCCGAGGUUUCUGUCUUCCACCUUGCACAUAAGUGGGAUCUCUGUGCUGGAACAAGAUAAUGUCUUCAACUCAUUGAAGGAAAGGGAAUAUUUAUUCAUGCUUAUGAUGAUUUGACACAAUUAAUGUCUUAAUAACCAUGAUGGCAACACAGACAUUAAGUAUAGACAACUAUCAAGAUGGACAACAGAUGCAAGUGGUAACAGAAUUAAAAACUGAACAAGAUCCCAGCUGCUCUGAAACUGAUGCCGAAGGGGUGAGUCCUGCCCCUGUAGAAUCUCAGACUCCAAUGGAUGCAGACAAGCAGGCCAUUUACAGGCACCCUCUAUUUCCCUUGUUAGCACUAUUAUUUGAAAAAUGUGAACAAUCUACACAAGGCUCAGAAGGCACAACUUCUGCCAGUUUUGAUGUAGAUAUUGAAAACUUCGUAAGGAAGCAGGAGAAAGAAGGAAAACCUUUUUUCUGUGAAGAUCCAGAAACUGAUAAUUUGAUGGUAAAAGCAAUCCAAGUUCUGCGUAUCCAUCUGCUGGAGCUAGAAAAGGUUAAUGAACUCUGCAAGGAUUUCUGUAGUCGUUACAUUGCCUGCCUGAAGACAAAAAUGAACAGUGAAACUCUAUUAAGUGGAGAGCCUGGAAGUCCUUAUUCACCUGUGCAAUCUCAGCAAAUUCCAAGUGCCAUUGCAGGCACACUCAGUCCUCAAGGGAUCGUGGUGCCAGCAUCAGCAUUGCAGCAGGGAAAUGUAACUAUGGCAACAGUAGCAGGGGGGACAGUGUAUCAGCCAGUCACUGUGGUCACUCCACAAGGACAAGUGGUGACACAGGCACUGUCACCUGGGACUAUUCGGAUCCAGAACUCUCAGCUCCAGUUGCAAUUAAACCAAGAUCUAGGCAUCUUGCAUCAAGAUGAUGGCUCAUCAAAAAAUAAGAGAGGAGUUCUUCCCAAGCACGCUACAAAUGUGAUGAGAUCUUGGCUUUUUCAGCACAUAGGGCAUCCAUAUCCAACAGAGGAUGAGAAGAAGCAGAUUGCAGCACAAACAAAUCUGACACUACUCCAAGUUAACAAUUGGUUUAUCAAUGCUAGAAGGCGAAUUCUUCAGCCAAUGCUGGAUUCCAGUUGUUCUGAAACUCCAAAAACAAAGAAGAAAACAGCCCAGAACAGACCAGUGCAGAGGUUCUGGCCUGACUCCAUUGCCUCAGGAGUUGCUCAGCAGCAAUCGAACGAGCUCACGAUGUCAGAUGGUGCUGUCGUGACCAUCACAGCUCCAGUGAACAUGAAUGUAGACAGCCUGCAGUCCUUGUCCUCAGAUGGUGCCACCCUGGCUGUGCAGCAGGUGAUGAUGGCAGGGCAGAGCGAGGACGAGUCCGUGGACAGCGGCGAGGACGACGGCGGAGACCUCUCGACAGCAAAUAUCAGUGGGCUGGUCCUGGAUAACAGCGACUCUCUGCAGUAGGAAGGCAGAGAGCCUGGAGAAAAACACUUAGGAACAAGAAUGGACUGACUGACUGACUUUUUAUAGUUUGCACAGCAAACAUUUUACACAAGUUUUAUUUCUAAUAUGUUUUAUAUGUAGAUAUAGAAGGGUGCACUUUUUUGUAUUUCAUAGUAAGCUUAAAGAGUGUUUUUGCAGGUGCAGCAACUUCUUUCAAAUGUGUUUUGCUUUUUUUUUUGUUGUUGGUUUUUUUUGUUUAUUUUCCUUUCCUUAUUUCAGAAAAUUAUAUCUAGUAAUAUAAAGAACCACGUAAGCACCCCUUUGUUCUCUGAAUUGGAAGUGCUGCAGUUUCUGAUGAAUUAUGCAGUUUCAAUUAGUGCUGUUAUUUAACACAGCUUUUGAUGAGCAGGUGAUGUAAAUUUAAAGCAUGUGACACUAGUGUGUGAAACUUGAUUAUUGAGUUAGAUGCAUAUAUUUGAAAGAUGCUUCUGCACCUUAAAAACUGCUAGUCUGAGGUGGACAGCAACACACAUAAAAAGAAACUGUUGAUGUGUGAUUCAGUAGAGAAUGUAUGGCAAUUUAAAUAAGUUUAGUUUCUCUCAUAGUCCGUGAGCCUGUUUAUCAUUUGCUAUAAAAACUCCUAUUUUUACCUUGCUGGGGUUAUUGGAUAAAAAAAAAAAAUAUUUUUAUAAAUUCACUAGAAAUUGGGAUGACAACUGUAUUAAGCAGGAGGAAAAAAAAAUUUCCAGAGGGGAAAAAUAAAUGUUUAGUAUUCCUAUUUGGAAGGUCUGAAAAUUGACCCAAUUUAAUAAACAAGCCUACAGUAGCAUUCUAUGAUUCUCAGCUAUCCCACAGUGAUAUACUAUAUUUGAUAAUAGCAUAAGAAGGGCCCACUGUUUGAUGGGAUUUUGAUAAUGUCAAACAUUGAUUUAUAUUAUGUGUAAACUAAUAUUCAAAUUGCAUAACUCUGUAUCUAGACUUGUAUCUGAAAAUAUUUGCUAAAUGAGUAUUCAGGUAAGUAAGUUCAAACACCCACAACUUUUCCAAUUAUUAGAGAAAUUUAACAUUUUAUAGUUUGUACAACUGAAUCUAAAAAAAUGAAAGUUGCCUACUAUACAGUCAUGAAUUCUGCUAUUUUAUUGCAUUUGAAAUAUUUUCCCCUAAUACAAAAAGAAAAAUAUAACAUGAAUUUAUAUCAAAUUUCUUCAGAUCUGAAGUUUACUACCAGAAUAUACAGCAGGCUUUGUUAGAGUAGGAAAUCCUUGUGUGUCAUUUAAAAAACAAAGAGCUGGUGAUAAAAACAGCUGGGUUUUGGUUUGAUUUUGUUUUGGGAUUUUUUUUUGUUUUGUUUUGUUGUGGUAACAGUUCAUUUCUUUCAUUUUCCCGAAGUUUGAAGUCUGUGAUUGUCUAUCCAUGAACACUUGCUUUUGGAAACUUUGUAUUUCCCUUUGUUAAGUACAAAUAAGAGACUCAAGAGCCUCAUGGUAUGAUGAACACCCUCUUUUGUCCCUGUCAAUUUGUCACAGUGUUGGCUUAGAUCAGAGCCAGAAUUUCCUUCUGAUUUUGACCAAAUCUGAGUGUGUUUCUAACGUGACAAGGAGAAAGGUGGUCACCUUUAGAAUCUUCAGACACUGUAUUUGAACAAAGCCCUUUGGCAGAUGCAAAUAUUUAAUGGAAUAAUUAAUUUCUGCUUCUCAGAACACUCAGGCACAUGCUGAGGUCCCCUUGAUUUCAGGAGGAUGAAGGAAUGUGCUGCUGGACAUGCUGAAGAGGCUGGAAGCUGCUCAUGGCAGAUUGUCUUCCAAGGCAAGGUUCAGUUGGUAGGAAGAAAAGCUUCAGGAAGAAAUAUCAGUGGCAUUGCCAUACACACGUGGAGAAUAACAGGAGUUUGCAGUGUCUGGGAGUUGGUUUUUUUUAAUGGUUUUUACUCAACAAAAGAGGUGUUUCUGCUCUGGCUCUCACUGAGUCCUGGCUGAGGAUCUUCCUUAGUUCAAGUGCUGUCAUGAACUGCUCCACUGGACUGGUGAUUUCUAAGAAUUUGUUUAUUUCUGACUUCUCUGCUUUGCCACUGAUGUGCCAUGUUUGUUAAAAGCACAGUAAAUGAAUAAUGAAAGAUGAAUUAGGAGGGCUUUGACAUAGCAUGGCUAUCUCAAAGGCUGCUGUCAAAUCCAGUUUGACCCUAAAACACUUUAAAAGACAAACCAUGUACAAAUCCUGCUCCUUUGGAAGCAUUCAGCCUACUGCCCCUACAGAAGAUAGCUCAGAUUACUGGAACUCAGAUUCUCUAUUUUUGUUUUUGUUUUUAACUCCAAGAGUGCUUCAUUACUCCCACAAUUUCCAUUCAAUAGCAGGUUAUAUUUGUUGGUUUGUUUGGGGUUUUUAUUGGAUACAACCAGGCCUCAGGGUUUGCAAACUUCUGAAAGUUUAUUUUUCAGAAAGAAGCCAUUUUCUAGUUAGCUUUUUUUUUUUUUUUAUUUUUUUCCUCACCUUACAUGCAGCAGAAAUUCUAUUCUUCCAAAACAUGACCUUGUCUUCAGCUACUUUAUCAAUUCCUGGAGACUGAAGUUGACAGAGUUUACUGUGAAAGGGGAAUAUGGAAUAGUUCUACUGUCAGAUUAGAAACAUUAAAAAAAUAUAAGGACUUGAAUUCCUAAAACUGGAAAGGCUUUACCAGUGUAAAAGUAUUGCUUAACAUGUGAAACUCAAAUAUUUUCUUUCAAUUCAGUGAGAAUUCUGUAGUGGGUGUGAACUGCCGGGAAGUGCUUGUUCUUUUCAUGAUUUAAAAGAAGAAAAAACAAAUAGAGUCCUUUUUUUUUCCCCUGUGUAGGAAAGAUUGCUGGUUUCAGGAAAGCAUCACCAUUGAGGAAAGGUACAUGUUUACAUUAGUUAAAAAGUCUUUCCAGGGGACCUGACUUCAAGUCUGUGUAUAACUCCCCCUGCCUCCAAUUAAACUCAUAUUCAUGUGCAGUUGAACUAAUUUGGUUUUUGAAUCAAUGUGAUUCUUCUGCAAAUGCGAUCAUUUAAACUUUUAUUUUUAUUUUUUUUUUUUUUCAAUCUAACCCAAACCAGGUUUUUCAGUCCAAUUUUUUCAAUAUUCCUGGAACAGGCAAGGCAAUUUUCUGGUUUUUUUUUUUUUUUUUUUUUUUUUUUUUAACUUUGGAAGCAUUGCAGUUCAGUAAAUCAAUCCCAGAACGAUCAGGAUAAGUUUCUGAAUGACUGUUACAAAGAAAUAAUCACGUCAGAAAAUACUCAGAAUCAACUCUGGCUCUGCAGAAGGUUUUCUCCAUCUGGAUUUUGUGUCCCAGUGGAGUCCUGCUGACCUCAGGGAAGCUCCAGAGAUCCAUGUCAGGCUGCAUUUGCCUUUUGCUGGUUCCUGAUCUCUGUCAGGAAUCUUUUGGAGCCUUGCCUGCACACCUGGGUCUUCUUCCAGUGGAAACCUGGGUAUGGAUGAAGGGUUUGGCAGGGCAGGAUUUCAUGGCAACCUGGCGCGCAACAAAUUUUUUUUAUUUUUGAUGUUCAAAAUGCAGCCAGAGCCACGGUGAGGAAUUGCAGUUCCCAGUUCCUGUGCUUCCAAAGUAGCUUUAGGUUUAUGGAUGUUGGAGUGGAAUAGGAGCACACGUGGCUCAAGCCCCAGCUCCUGGCCUGAGCUGAGCUGCUCAGAGGUGCCAGUGACACCCAGGGCACAGCUCUGAUCCCCCUGGGCCAUUCCCUGGGGAGCUGGACUCGUUAUGAUCUCUUCCACCUCAGUGUUCUGUGAAAUAAUACAUGGAUUUGUUUCUGGAAGAAUCACAAAUCCACCUUCCUAACUUUAGGAACUUGGCAGCCCACGGGAGAAAACAGAGCCUUUCCAAGGGAUGAUAGUUGCACUUCAACAAAUAAAAAUCCAGAACACCCUGUGUUUUGAAAAAUUGGAACACAUGCAUUUAAUUGUAAUUAAAGUUGAUUUAGCAUUUUAUUUUCUGAAGUUGAGUCGUCUUGGGAGAAAAAAAUGAAUUAAGUAUUUGUCUAUGCAAGACACAAAUGUCAAAAAUGUGUGAAUUACCCAUCUUUAGGUACUGUAUUGUUAUUGUCUUUCUGACUUCUGUUCCUUUGAUAAGUCUCUUCAACCUUUCAGCCUUACAUUUGGCUUAGAGUUGAAAAGGCAAAAUGUAGCUUUGAAAUCCUGUUGGAAAUGUAACUAACCUUCGUUCCCUCAUGAAAAUCUCGCAUGUCAAACAAUUAAGUGAAAUGUUUUGGUUUCCUAAUAAUAAAUUCAAACUCUCACCACCUCCUGCAAACAGC